GCUAAAGUUGGGUGCUUUGGUUUCUCACCUUAUUAAAUGUCAUCCUGCCUCCCCUCCAUUCCUAUUCAAAUUUUGAACUAAACCCACUUCAAGAAUAAUCAUCUCCAACACUAUUCUUUGAGCCUCAUUGAAUAUUUUUGAGACUAGUAAAGAGAUAUAUUUCAGAAGCCUGUGGUUAUGGAGUAAGAAGGGGGUGACAGUGAGCAAAGAGAAGUUCUAAAAAUGAGCACAGCUAGGUUCAUCAAAUGUGUCACUGUUGGGGAUGGAGCAGUUGGCAAGACGUGCAUGCUCAUCUCUUACACUAGUAACACCUUCCCCUCUGAUUAUGUGCCUACAGUGUUUGACAACUUCAGUGCUAACGUGGUGGUCGAUGGCAGCACAGUGAACCUUGGAUUAUGGGAUACUGCAGGACAGGAGGAUUAUAACAGAUUGAGGCCUCUGAGUUAUAGAGGUGCCGAUGUGUUCAUUUUGGCCUUCUCCCUCAUAAGUAAAGCUAGCUAUGAGAACAUCUCUAAGAAGUGGAUUCCUGAGCUGAGGCAUUAUGCACCAACUGUACCAAUUGUGCUGGUGGGAACCAAGCUUGAUUUGCGAGAUGACAAGCAGUAUUUGAUCGAUCAUCCUAGCGCCACACCAAUCACAACUGGGAGAAGAACUAAAGAAGAUGAUUGGUGCUGCUGUUUACAUAGAGUGCAGUUCAAAGACACAACAAAAUGUGAAGGCAGUGUUUGAUGCAGCAAUCAAAGUUGUUUUGCAGCCUCCUACACCGAAGAAGAGAAAAAGGAAACCAAGACCAUGUUCGUUUUUGUAAAUCAAAUUUCUUCCAUGUUUAACAUGUCAAUCUCUCUGCUCUGGCCUUCGUUGUUCUGUUCAAUUGUUCACUAUGUUUCUUUGAAUUCUUGUAAUAUACUAUAAUAUAAAUAUUCUAAUUGAUUCGCAUA